AUGAUGGAGAGAAUGCACCUUAAUGGCCUUGAUAUAGGCAUUCUGGUGAUAUACUUUGUAGGAAUUUUCGGCGCUGGCAUUUAUGCUAUGUUCCGGGCUAACAGAAAUUCAGUCAAUGGUUAUUUUUUGGCUGGCCGCUUCAUGACAUGGCUUCCGGUCGGUGCAUCACUUUUUGCCAGUAAUAUUGGAAGCGAACAUUUUAUUGGUCUCGCCGGUUCAGGAGCUGCGAAUGGGAUCGCUGUGGGAGCCUUUGAGUUCAAUGCUGCAGUGCUCCUUCAACUCCUUGGCUGGGUGUUUUUACCGGUGUAUCUGGCAAGUGGAUCAGUUACGCUUCCGGAGUAUAUGAAAAGGCGUUUUGGUGGAAGGAGGAUUCAACUCUAUUUGACGCUUUUAUCCCUAAUUUUGUACAUAUUCACAAAGAUAUCUGUUAAUUUGUACUCCGGUGGUCUGGCUGCAGUUUUAUACACGGACUUGGUACAGUGCAUUGUCAUGUUGGCUGGAGCAAUAAUUCUUACAGCCCUUGGCUUCUAUCAAAUCGGCGGCUUUCCGGGCCUUCUGGCCUCAUACGGCAAGGCAAUUAACCCAAUAAACGCUACUGACCAAGACGGCGCUGACCUGCUGGUAAACCUCUCCACCCUAGUCUCAUCCACGGUCAAUGCGACUGGUUUGCCGCCGACGGUCUCUGAGCUGGCCAAAUUGCCGAAUGUAUCGAGCGAAUUCACAUGUCGACUGCCCUCUGCAAAGGCCUUUGUGAUGCUACGCGAUGUCAGCGACUCUGAGAUGCCUUGGCUGGGCUUCCUCCUGGGUCAGACUCCCGCCUCCAUUUGGUACUGGUGCGCUGAUCAGAUGAUGGUUCAGCGAGUUUUGUCUGCCAAGAGCCUCUCGCAUGCACAGGGCGCUACUCUCAUGGCUGGAUUGAUCAAACUCUUUCCCAUUUACAUUAUGAUUAUGCCCGGAAUGAUCAGUCGUGUGCUUUAUCCGAGUACCGUUGGUUGCGGAACACCUGAAGCUUGUGCUAAAGUCUGCAACAACAGACACGGAUGCAGCGACUGGGCUUACCCAAAACUGGUCAUGGGUGUACUGCCUCAGGGUCUUCGCGGAUUGAUGCUUGCGGUGAUGCUGGCAGCCCUUAUGUCCGAUUUAACAUCCAUCUUCAAUUCUGCUAGCACCUUAUUCACCUGCGACAUAUACUCUCACAUUCGCAAAUCCGCGGGCAAUCGUGAACUUAUGAUUGUCGGACGGUACGUCAGUUCAUGCCUAUUUAGUACUUGUGACUGUUUGUGUCCAGGAUGGACGAUGAACCAGUUUAAUGGAAAACCAGCCAUUGUCACAGUUUUGACCGAAGAAAUUCGACUUAGCUUCUAG